CCUGACGUCAGGGCAGCUACAAUGCUCUUAAACUCAUCUGCUGUGUGAUCCCUCUAAAAAAUCGUCCCACCAGUCAGCGGUGAAAAGCGUGCGGGGCUGCGCUCACUCCCUUCCUCGCUCUCGGCGUCUCUCCCUCUCCGCUUGCGCAAUGUAUCCAUGAAGAACCCGUGAAGUGUUAAAUGUUUGAAAUACAAAACCGCCGAAUUUCACAUGCUGAAAAGGGACUCCGCUCCUCGCGCGCGCGGCACUGGCGUGUCUGUGCAGUAGACUCUGCAAAGAAAAACUCCGCUCGCGUUGCCUGCAAGUCGGCGGCUGCAAAAAGGACGCUGAAAAGCCUCGUUUUUCACUUUCGAGACAAACGCGUUAAAAAAUCAAACUGGCUCACGUUCUUCCCAACCAGCCCAGUGUGACAGCUGCUCUUCACCCCGUUUGGAGGACUGUCAGCAGCAAGAGGAUGGCAUCAGAGCUGGCAAUGAGCAACUCCGACCUGCCCACCAGUCCCCUGGCCAUGGAAUAUGUUAAUGACUUCGAUCUGAUGAAGUUUGAAGUGAAAAAGGAGCCGGUGGAGCCCGAUCGCAACAUCAGCCAGUGCAGUCGCCUUAUCGCCGGGGGAUCCCUGUCUUCCACCCCGAUGAGCACGCCUUGCAGCUCGGUUCCCCCGUCCCCAAGCUUCUCGGCGCCCAGUCCGGGCUCGGGGAGCGAGCAGAAGACGCACAUAGAGGAUUUCUACUGGAUGUCCGGUUACCAACAGCAGUUGAAUCCAGAGGCGCUGGGCUUCAGCCCCGAAGACGCGGUCGAGGCGCUGAUCAACAGCAGUCACCAACUCCAGUCGUUCGAUGGCUACGCCAGGGGCCAGCAGUUCGCGGGCGCAGCCGGGGCGGGAGGCGCCAUGGCCGGCGAGGAGAUGGGCUCCGCCGCGGCGGUGGUGUCGGCAGUCAUCGCGGCGGCGGCCGCUCAGAACGGGGGCCAGCACCACCACCACCACCACCACCACCACAGCGGCGGCCACCACCAGGCGCCCGGCGGCCAGUCCAACGGCACGUCUGGCACGAACCACGCGCACAUGCGCCUGGAGGAGCGGUUUUCGGACGAGCAGCUGGUGACCAUGUCGGUGCGGGAGCUCAACCGGCAGCUACGGGGGGUCAGCAAGGAAGAGGUGAUCCGCUUGAAACAGAAGAGGAGGACCCUAAAGAACAGAGGCUACGCGCAGUCCUGUCGCUUCAAGCGCGUCCAGCAGCGGCACGUCCUGGAGGGCGAGAAGGCGCAGCUCCUGCAGCAGGUCGACCACCUAAAGCAGGAGAUCUCCAGGCUGGUCCGGGAGAGGGACGCGUACAAAGAAAAGUAUGAGAAGCUCAUCAGCAACGGCUUCAGAGAAAACGGAUCCAGCAGCGACAACAACCCUUCGUCCCCGGAGUUUUUCAUGUCGUCGAGAAAAUUCCUCCAUCUGUGAUUUCAGGCUCCGGUCCUUCGUGCCCUUGGCUCCAUAAGAUAUCCUGAUGUCGGAGCAUUGAUGACAUCAGAGUGGCGGACCAAUCGCACGGAGACGCACACAAAGCACAACAUUCAAAAAUGACUUCACUGAAGAACAAAAGAUACACAAGAUCUGCUGAAAUCCCUCAAGAUCCCCACAGCGUAAUUCUUGAAAGCCUCUUCCUCCUCCUGGUUCCCACCCUGAUAUUUUACUUCCAGCUUUUUUUCUAUAAAACGCGGAAAAAAAACAAAAAGAACACAAAGACUCGUGAUAUAUUCAUGAGACAGCGUCAGAUAACGCAUUGGAAGGACUAUUUUCUCUUUGGUGGGAAGUUAACCGAUGCAUGCUUCUGUAAAUAGAUCAUAAUAAAAACCCAGUUCCUAAUAUAGGAAGCAUACCAAGUCACUCUCACCAACCAUCACCAUUAACUCUAGAGUCUCUACAGUUGGAUAGAGUAUUCACGGUUAAUAAAGUCAGUAUUCUUAUUACCUCCUCAGAGACCAUGUAAUUAUCAUUUCCAGUAAUAUUUCUCUACUCUUAGUAGAGACUUAUUUGGAGUGUAAAAAUAAUAUCCUACUCUUCUUAUUGUCUUCACUUAACAGUCUAGUCUUCCUCUCCGAUAUCCACUCUAGGACAUGUAAAUAGAGAUGAAUGAGGACAGAAGCAUGGAACAGACUAUAGUGUAUAUUUAUCAAUCCCCAAGUAGAUCACAAAUCUCAAUAAGUGGAUAUUUCAAACAAACAAGUUUGAAAGUCUAAAAUACUUGAAUUUGUUUCCUGAUAGUUAAAGACAUACUUCAACAUAUCAUGUAUUGAUUUUAUCUGUAUAUUGGAAUAGAUGCAUCAAUAGAUGGUACGCUGAAUUUUAAUUUUUAUAUUUUUUACUUUUUGUUUAUGUUUACCAACAAAAGCUUUCCAAUAUCUGCCUUCCUUUUCUUUUUCUGGCAAUAACAUCCUCCGUGUCUCCAUGUGUGGUUUGUAACUGCUGUGGCAAAGCUGCUGUGAGGCUGAUGGGCCAUUUCUUCCAUGUGUGGAUUAAAAACAGAGCCCUGCUCCUGAGCCUGUAGAUGGGAAAUACAGACGCCUCACUGACUGCAGCGUAGACAUGGGGAUCUUGACGUCCAUCUCCUAUGGACUAUGGAGAUAACCGAACGGACCGAUGAGCUGACGAACAGACAGCCUUGAAGGUUACGCCCUCUCAGAAAAACCACUGCAUGGAAAACAGUAUCGAACACCUCACCUCCAUCAUCGCGCUUCCUCUACCUCUCUGUGCAACGAGGAAAACAAUGACGGCUCAGUCAUUGUCAUUCAGUGACCCCUCUACUGCUCCCACGUCUCCGCUGAGGUCUCCACUGCUUCGUGACGGGAGCGUCGCUCGGCGCCAAGUGCUGCCGAUGGACCCACAUGGCGAUGGGGAGGAGUAAAAACAAACGUUUGUUGACUCAAACUCACACACACAAGCGCAUGCACUCAGAUGCAGCCAUACACACCUAAAUAUGUAGCUGUAUAUAUGUACAGUACAUGUAGUCUCAGAUGCUGUACUUUGCAUGUUGACUUGUAGAAGGAACAUGACCAUUAAACAUAGAGGGGGUAGGUAGUGUAGGCAAACUCUAAACCAAUGUGAUGCUUUGUCAGCUUUACAGCUCCUUAAAUUGACUGGAGAAAUGCACACUAACAUGACAAAAAUAGUUUAAGCGCUCCUGAUCCCGAAGAUCUUCCUCAGCCAAACACAACUGAUGAGUUUUAAGCUCUCUGAAGGGACACAUAACCUCGCCUUUGAUGUCAAAACCUGGCCCUAGCGAGCGCUGGUAGGAGAAGAGAGGAGGGAAGGCAAACUGGGGCGCUCCAAUUAAGUGGCAACACACAAAGUGGCACGGGGCAUCCUGCCAGCAACUGUCUAUUCAUCCUGUGUCAAAAGGAUUUGCACAUCUCAAUGAGCCCAUGUGCUGCCAGAGAAGUUCCAGGAGCAGAGCAGAGAAAGGAAGUGGGGCUCGGAGACAUAAAACAGCAGAUUCGGACUAAAAUGUCAAGAAUUCCUAUCGGUUCACAGAAUAUUCUCUCCAAGCAAGCAGCCACCUUAGAGAGUUCAAUAACCUCUUCACCUCAAACUGUUACACAUCAUGCAGCUCUCUGGUCUGUCAUGACCUCACGUCCUGCCUGAGGUUAACUUGGUGUUAAUGAGCAUGGCCCUCAGCUCCACCAGAUGUUCAACCUUGUGGUUAAAUACCUGUUACCCAAUGGUUCUUUAAGGCCGCCCACUACAGCUGUACUCUCUGGACACAGUUAAACUAACCACUUCACCGAGGUUGUGGAGAGAGGAGCUAAAAUUUUAAGCUGCACUGUACACGAUACCACACUUAUGAGCAGAAUGCCAGUGGCCACGCAUUGUGUGUCAUCACUUUGACUAUAGGUGACGAAAGAUCUUAAAUCAAACACCGUCACACGGCACUGAAUCACUUCAGCAUAUUUAGAGUCAGCAUGUAAACAAACUCAAAAUGACGACUUAUGACUUAGCAGUGAUAAGUUAAAGAAGAUUUAGAACACAGGGAGGAUGAGCGUGUCACUCAAACGUGAGACGAAGACAGCGAGCAAGUGCUGAGCUUCUCUGAGCUUUUCACUUUCUCCGACGUGCAGCUGCAGGAAAUACGUGACAGCUUGAUUUGUUUUACGAGCCUCUGACUGUAAAUACUGUGUUUUCCCCCAAUAGUCACGUAGUGAGAGCACUUUCAUUUAGAAAUGACCCUGGCCAGGAUGUACACACUCUACUACACUAUACUGUAUAUAUUGUAGUAGGCGUGUGUGUGUGUGUGUGUGGACUCAGACGCGCAUGUACACUCUCUCCCUCACAAAGCUAAUCUAAACAGCAAGGCUGUAUGUAAACAGAUCGUCAACAUAAUGGGAUUGUUCAGUGUGCAAACAAUAAGCUGUUAGUGUAAUCACAGGUCAAAGAUAUAAUACCCAGAAGGCCAUGCUGUAGGUAUAUUAACAUGAUGGAUAUGGGGAGAGAGGAGAGGGUCAGGUAUACGAAGGGUACAGAGCUCUGUUGGUUCAGAUUUACCCCCUGCUGGGCCCCCGUCCGCUGCCUUUUUCUCCUCUGCCUCCCGUGCAUGGGGCCCCUUUAAUCAGCCUUCCUCCAUCUCUCUCCUUCCUCUGUUCAUAGACACUUGGUUCCUACCAUUCUUUACCUCACUCUUAUACCUCCUGUCUUUUUCUACACUCAGUCCCUCCAGCCUCCACCGUCCACUGUUUGGUCGUCAGUGUGGUAGCAGUAUAAAGCAGCUCGACACUCUUGUUUCUAGAUUAGGAUGGACACCGCGUGUCUGAUAAAUUAUUUAUAGAUAGAUAUUCACAAAUAUCUUGAUGUUUCUGUCGCCAACUGUAUAAAUAAGCCACUUGACUGCACUUAACAUAAAGAAGUUGAAAGUUUAAUUCUCAAUGCCAUAAUGAGCCUAAGUACGGCUUCAGGGUACAUCCUGUGUGUAGCUUACUCUUCUGCACAUAGAGCUUAUUCACUUAUCUCUGCUUUAUUUGAUUACCAUCUAGCGUAUUCCCUGAACUGGUUAAUAAGUCCAUGUCCCCCUGACUAAACACUUCAUUAGUGUCAUCACUGGCUGCCUUGUGUAUGUACUGCAUCUGUGGACCACUGAAGCAGAUACACAUUGGGGCAAAGUGAAAGAGUAAACGCACAAACGGAACACAGGGGAAGGAAAAACAACCUGUAGGAUAACAAAAGGCACAAAGGAGGCUGGUCUGAGGAUGAGGAUUAGGCCUUCUGACUCGCAGAUGGUUGCUCUUGCUAAGAACUACUGUAUGUGACAUUUCUGGUGAGUCAAAAAGAACAUAAUCAGACUCACUCCUCACUGAAUAACAGAGCUGAGAGGCCUGAGGGACAAUCUGGCACCUUGUUUCCUUUCAGUGUCUGAACCAAAAGAUGUCUAGUAUCACCCACUUGUGUUUCUCUCUUAGCUAAAGAAUAAAAUAGAAUAAAAAGUAAAUAGAAGCUGCUCCUACUUUCCUAUACACACUCAUGUACUGUAAAGCCCCUUCUCAAACACAGUAUUUCUGGGAGUGUGUGUCUGGCGGGGUGUCAUGAUUAACUGACCUUAAGCCAGACAGGGCUGGGGUAGUGGGAGUGGGUUCAAAGGUCGGGGAAUUACAGCGAGGCAAUCCUUGUCAGCUUCUCUGCUCAGAUCUAAUCCUGACCCCCAGGCCAACGGCAGACUGGAAAAAUGAGCUCAUCAUCUUAUGAGUGCACGUCACGACUCACUCCAGAAACACUCGGCCGUUUGAGAUCUUAAGAGUGAAAAUCAAACCUCAAAUGCUGAAAAUGUAGAGUAUGAAGUCAUAAGGUUUUCAGUGGGAAGAUAUCCUGGAAGAGGACAGUGCUAAGAGACAGCGGAAAAGACGGAGCCGACCCGCUUAUGUCACACAGCUAAUGACAGACGAAUAAUAGAGUCUUUGAAGCCCUCACUCCCACCUCACUCAGGCCUGGGCAUAAGCUUGGGCUCUGGUUGAACAGUUAGCCAUCGAGCCCCUCAAUGAGAUGAGAUAUGCUCCCAAGACGAUUUAGUGGGGGGGGGGGAUUAACCAAAAGCCUUGAAAGAAACGCUCCGGGCUGACCCCAGUGUAAUGCCACUGAAAAAAAACACCAUAAAACAAAUCAGUAACAUCUGAUUAGGUAAUGGAGGAAAGCUCAUGCUUUUAGUAAAAAAGCCUAAAUGACAGUGUAAUUACUGUUGGCUGUGAUGUUAAAAAUCACAAACAAGCUAUAGUGACUCUUAAAGCACCGGGUAGAAGGCGCCACUGCAGAAAUUAAUAAAUGAGGGAAAUAAUAAAUCGCAAAAAAAACUGUGGACAGGUGGCAUUUGAGCCUGCACCGUUUAGCUGUGCAGUCUGGCUCCCGACAGCUUGAUUUAGUCUCCUGCACCUGAGCCAGAACCUAGAGAGAAAAUUAACGGCAGGAAAACUGCUUAACUAAAUUCCAAUUUACCCGCGUUGAAAUACAAUUGAUGAAGCUAAUGGACGUUUUGGUAUUGUGAUCUCGCAGAGACGUGUUCACCAAGGUUCAGUGCACAGGACAGCCAGACAGGUAAUAAUAUUGAUGUGAUUUACCCUUAUGGAGCCUGGUUCUGUUUACUGGGACAUUAGGGUUUGUCUUUAGGGUGUAAAAUGAAGAUUAAAGUGGCUCCAGGGGAGACGCUAGGAGACAUUCUGUUUCCCCUGCUGUGAACGGAGCCUAAUCAUUCAGUUUAAGAGGAGUGAAAAGUUUGUAGAGUCCAGAAAAGUUACACAUACAUGCCUUCUGGGCCCCCUACAGAGCAGCGCGUGUGAAGCAGCAGGGGACAACCAUAUGCUAUCAAAGUGUUUUUCAAAGCUCCCAUCUUUGCUCAAAUUCAUUAUACAGUAUCAUCACAGAUACCUGACAAAAACAGAAAAAAAAACAUAAUUAUGCAACUUCUUUCUGUUGUUCUCCUGGAAUUCCUGUGUUCAGACCGUGGCUGUGGACCAGUCAUAUGGGGCAGCCCAUAAUUUUGUACUUACAUGCUUUUAAAACACUGCUGCUCACUGACAAUUAAAUAUUUAUAAUAAAUUUGUAAUUCUUAUCACAACAAGACCCAUCUCUGUUGCCAGGGGUUAAUUUGUGCUCAGCCUUCAUUUCAAUUGUACGGUAGUAAAUGCCCACAUUAUUUCCCACAUGGGCCUGGACGACGGGUUUGAUUAUCCAAAGGAAGGCCUUGGUCGGCGCCGUUAUUGUCAGAGGGGUCAUAAGCUGCAGUAACGGCUACUGGGGUCUUAUUGCUAUGGCGAUCAGCCCCUUGCCACUUGGCCUCUGUGACCCCAGUCAGAGAUAAGCUUUAUGGGAAAGCACAUUAACAUGCUCUGGCAGUCACCUCCCUCCUUUAUCAAAGGCAGUUGUGUGAAAUCAAGUGUUUAUGGACCCCCAGUGAGUGUACUGCGCUACUGAUUGCCUUUAUUACAGGUUGAGUGUAAAUGAGCUGGUGGUGGACAAAGGACCUACAGUAGUUGGGAGAACAGAGGACGUAAUACUGAUGUUAUUCCCACUAACUGAGCAAUAUCUUUAAUGGCUGCAACACCCCAUGAGCAGGCUACCACUGCUGUCUGCAGUCUGAACGCCGUAUAUCAAUGUCUUCCAUUCUUUCUACAAGAACUGACACAAGCAUAGCAUAAAUGUGGUUACUGAUGUAAAAUGACAUAUUUGUAUUUUUUUAUUUGACUCUUAUCAGCACUACUGUAAGUUUUUUUUUAAUGCCUUCUUCUUUGUGUUACACUGAUUCUAUUAACUACACUGUUAAAUAGAUGUCUUUUUUAUAUUCCUUGUGUGUUAUGUUGAUGAGACUUUUUCUGUGGUUAUGAAUAAAAAAGACAGAAGUGUCAGUAGGGUGCCCCUGCUUACAGCCUGGUCGCUGGUGAAAGAUCCUUUCAGUAUGUCUGCAGUGAUGGAUGAUGAUAACCCUGUGUCUUUGUACACAUCAGGGGGCCCUACUGUUAUCACUGGACAGAUAGAGGGAGCAAGAAAGAGAAAGAUGUAGCCGCAGCUUAAUGUCCUUCUCUGGUGCUGUGCAUGCUCUUUCCUAUUUGCUUUUCCCUUCACGGCAGAGUUAACAUCGUAAAUUAACCUUUCCAAGCCCCCUGCGUUCAGAGACUGGUGCGCAAUACAGACAAAGGGGAGAAAAAAAUAGAUCUGUGUUAUGCAAUGAAGUAGUGGUCAGAGACACAGCCUGUUACAGAAUUGAGCUAUUCCUUGUCCAGCGAUAGGGAAUAAAACAAAACACUUUGUUCAGUCAAGCAAACAUUUCUACUUUAUGUGCAUGUCCCGCUAUGAGGCUGCCUUUCAUUUCCCAUCCUUGAAAUGUAAAUGAAACACAUGAAGGAAAAUCGUAUUGUAGAUCCUUAUCCUCUCAGUUCGAGUCUGUAAAUAGGAUGUAAAUACCAAACAGCUAUGCAUGCUCAUGUACAAGCAAUUUGUUCAGGUACUUUUAUAAUCCAGACUUCUCAUAUGGCAUGUAAUGAUGAAAAAAAGAGAAAACUAAAUAAAUUGUGAACACGGAAAUGGUUUGUAAACGACUUCAGAACUGGAAAAUAUAUGUCUUUGCUGUUAAUGUUUUCUUACUGAUAACUAAUGCAUUGGCCUGCCAUUUACUACAGUGCUCUGCUCAUGUUACAUGUUAUCUUUUUAUGUUUCAAAAGGUAGGGCUGAGGCAAAAAGGACCAUAAAUCACUGGUUUGUGGAAUAAGAUGAGGACGGCAGUCUGACCAUACUCUCCAUAGGUUUUUCCGUUGCCACUGCACGUUCACGGGCAUAUUUAAUUAUUAAGUACAUAUCCUUAGUGUCUAACACAGCCAAUAAUAUGCCAUGGCAAAACGGUUGAGCUUAAAAGCAGUAGAACCUGCGCUGCCAUUUCAUUUCUUACCAAAAACGACAUAUCACCAGCUUUAAAGUGUGCCGUUCUUUUAAAUGGCACGCACUUGUUUCUGAUAGAUGAAUGCAAAAGCAUUGAGCAAACCAUGAAGCUGGUAACACAAGCAAUUUUGACUCAUUCCAAAUUGACCAAAUUAUUAUUUGCAAGGAAGAGAUUCUGAAGAUGUUUUUUUUCUUGUUUCUAAUACUGUUUCCAGAGAAAACAACAAUUAUCUAUAUGCCAAAUUUGCCUCUGCCCUAGCAGCUCUAAUGUGACAUUUUAUGAGGACGGCGACAGAGGAAGUGAGGAGAAAUUCUCUAUGGUUUCUAAGAGUGUUUAUUUUCAACCAUGUUAGAACCAUGUUAAAUCCUGAGGCGCUCAUGGUAGAUGGAAGUGUCUAAUUUUUAACCUGUGCUAAAGAUAUUUUAAAUUUAAUAAAUAAUUAUAACAAGAAAA